GCACAUGACACUCAUGAAUAAAAUACGAUACAUGUUUUUCCAAUUUUAACUUCCGUAUUAGAUAUUUCAAUCGGAAUGUAAGCAAACAAGUGAACAAAUAUGGAUGUUUUAUUAUAUUUUACUUUUGUGACAAUUAUUGCCAGUUUGGAGACAGAUAAUCAUGUGGAGGCGGCUUGUAACACUGUACCCCCAAACACCGGACAAUGCAAACUGGCGCUCCAGGUAAUAAGUGGGACAGCAUGUUAUUCUGGCUCUCAUACUAAGUUGGCAACCAUUUCUUGUGAUGCCUUGUAUUCCUUUGAUUCAGCAACUACAUUUACGUGUAAUAAGGAUAGUAAUAACUAUUACUGGACACCAAAAGCAACAGCAACGUGUCUUUUAACAGCAUCGACUCCGACAAGUUUGUUCACAUUGAAAAUUUUGUCGUCGGAGAGUACCAUGUUUCCGACAGUCAUAAAUUCAGAUGAUAUAGAAACGCCUCAAUUGACUACACACACAAUGAUGUCUCACACAGAAACAAUGACAAGCAGCACCGAUGUUCAGAUAGAACCAUCAACUGUCAACCAAGCUACAACCUCUGUCAGACAUUCCUCAGUACGCUCAUCAACAAUAACUGCUUCUGCAGUCAUAGUAACACCAGACCCAGCUCAAUCACGUGAAGUAAAAGAUGCAGAUAUAAACGCUGUAUAUGUUGCUGUUCCAGUGGUUAUAUGUGCUAUUGCAUUGUUAUUAGGAGUUGGUAUCUUAUGGUGGAGAAGAAGGAAUCAUAAACCUACAGCUUUAUUUGAAAGGCGCGAACCUGGCUCUUUAAUAACAAACCAAGUAUACGGAGCGAAUGCCAUAGACAGAAAUUGUUCUUUAAUGAAUGUGCGUCAAUCAAGAGUGAAUGAGUACGCAGAAAUACCUUUAGACAUAAUUAAUUCAGAUGAAACCGUAGGAGAUACUUAUCAAACAAUAGACAUUUUACCUGAAGACAAGACUGGCGCGAAGAAAUCGUAUGAUAACUUCAAAUUAUCAGAGACGGAAUUUAUUGAUACAAACUACUCUCAUAUCGGUUUAAACAGUAUGCGAAAUAAUACUCACGCUGAUAAUACAUACUCUCAUACACAAUUGGAGAAUGUGACACAGAAACCUGAAAUAACUAUCAAUGGUGAUGAUACGUAUAACAAGUUUAACACAACAACAUUACCUCAAAGAAGAUGUCAAGAUACAGAAAGCUCAGACACUGAGUACAGCCAUGCUCAUGCUGGACGCCACGACCCUGAAAACGAGGCUGAUAAUUAUUCUCAUCUGAACACAAAUAUGCGAACACCCGGAACGUCUACCGAAAAACCGGAACACCAAUGUGAAGAUGGAAUGACAAAUAAGAAUAGCAACAUUCGACAGCUAUCUGCUAAGGAUCUUCCAUCAAAUACAGGAUAUGAAUUCGCAAAAGAUUUUGAUAAUCUGCAAACUAGAAGUGAAGCACCCGAGUACGCAAAGGUGACAAAAAAGAAAACUGCUUUUAACGAAGCUCAUAAUGCAGGUAAAGGUUACGAAACGGCUGUCGGUACAACACAUAAUUAUCUUAUUUUAGAACCAGACACAAAUCCAGCACCCAGUUCAACAUUGUUUAAAGUUGUUGAAGACGUGUCCGCGGAGACUAACGAAAUGCCUGAGGCAGAAACGGGGCAUGAAUAUUUCACAUUAGAAAAACAAGAUAUCUAACCUUUUUAGCGUACAAAAUACUUUGUUUGAUAUACAUAGACUAUUUUAAAUAUUUUGGAUAUUUAAUACUAUUAAAGUGUAUGGACCGUGUAAAAUGUCAAUAGUAUUACACUACCGAAAGCGACUUAUCCAAUAUAGUUUUGACAGCUGUAUACUCGUUCAAUAAAAUUCAAUAUUGUACUCAUAAAUGUAUAAUGACCUCAUAUCGCAUGUUCUACUAUAAAAUCGUAGUAAUAGUUUAUAAACUUGACGACAUUCUGGCGAUUUGUUAUGUAAUUUGCUUUUAAAUAAAUCAUACGUUUCAUCGGUUGA